ACUUUCUCUCUUCUCUUUACACACAACAAGGCACACUAUUCCCUCUCUAACCUACCAAGCUAGCUAGAUCUGCUAACAAUGGAAGAUCUGAUCGCCCAGUUCGGUUUCCUCUCCAACCAUGCCCUGCAGGACAAAACCUUCGACCCCUCCACCAUUGAAGACCUGAUGAAGUUGUUCGAGAUCGAAGCCUACAAGUCAUGGGCAGCAAUGGAACUGGAGCAGCAACAGGAGGUGGAAGAAGCGGAGGCUUCCUUGCAAGAAGCUGAGGACUACAUGGACUCGGUGAUGGAGAGCGCCAUGGAUGAGUUCAGACGCUUCGAGGAGGAAAUGGAGAGGAUGUCCAAACAUGAACACGACACCCUUGUCAAGACUGCUGAGAGUGCAAGGAAGAUGGGCAAGUUCAUGGAGAAUGCAGCCUCUCUUGCUUCCAAGAAGUAUAUUGAAGCUGCACUCAACUCUGCUACUGCUUCAAUGAAAUCCGCUUGGAAGGGAAUUUCGACCAACAAGGUUCAUCCUUCUUAGUUAGCAAGAAAACUAAAAAGCCUAUCAUGCUGGUUGCUAUGAUCAAAUUAGGAUUGUACUACUACCUAUAAUUUGCCUAAUGUGCAUGUUUUAUAAACUGGGUUUUGGCAUCAGCGUGGAAUCCCAAGAAUUGGCAUGCUGAAAGUUCAGGCCCUUGAGUAAGGAUCAUUAUCUUCUUCAACAUAUAUAUAUUACAUUUGGGAAUG